CGGGUCUGUAGCGGCGGCGGCGGCGGGAGGGAGCAGCUCGGCUGAAGAGGCCCGCGGGGAGGCGCCGCAUCCGGAGGCUGCCCCGCACCGCAUAAAGCGGCAGACGCACAGUGUGCCCCGCAGCCGCUCGGGCCGGUCGCCGCUGCCGAGAAGCUGCUCCGAUGCUCCAGAGCGGCCAUGGGCGACCCGCACUGGUGGGACCAGCUGCGGGCUGGCAGCUCGGAGGUGGAUUGGUGCGAGGACAACUACACGAUCGUGCCUGCCAUCGCCGAGUUCUACAACACGAUCAGCAACGUCUUGUUUUUCAUUUUACCGCCCAUCUGCAUGUGCUUGUUCCGCCAGUAUGCGACGUGUUUCAACAGCGGCAUCUACUUAAUAUGGACUCUCCUAGUUGUAGUGGGAAUUGGAUCUGUCUACUUCCAUGCAACUCUCAGUUUCCUGGGUCAGAUGCUUGAUGAACUUGCCAUCCUUUGGGUUCUCAUGUGUGCUUUGGCCAUGUGGUUUCCCAGGAGGUAUUUACCAAAGAUCUUUCGGAAUGACAGGGGCAGGUUCAAGGCGGUGGUGUGUGUCCUGUCUGCAGUUACAACAUGCCUGGCGUUUGUCAAGCCGGCCAUCAACAAUAUCUCUCUGAUGACUCUAGGGGUCCCAUGCACUGCCUUACUCAUUGCAGAACUGAAGAGGUGUGACAAUGUCCGCGUGUUUAAGCUGGGCCUCUUCUCCGGCCUCUGGUGGACCCUGGCCCUUUUCUGCUGGAUCAGCGACCGCGCCUUCUGCGAGCUGCUCUCCUCCGUUCACUUUCCGUACCUGCACUGCGUGUGGCACAUCCUCAUCUGCCUUGCUGCAUACCUGGGCUGUGUGUGCUUUGCCUACUUUGAUGCUGCCUCAGAGAUACCCGAGCAAGGUCCAGUCAUCAGAUUCUGGCCCAGCGAGAAAUGGGCUUUUAUCGGUGUCCCCUACGUGUCCCUCCUGUGUGCCCACAAGAAGUCACCAGUCAAGAUCACAUGACGGCAAGGCAGUGGCUGGCUUCUCUACUUAUUUCUCUUCAUUCACUGGGCUUCAUUUGCUAGCAAAGAUGGCGAUGGGGGUUGAAGAAUCGGUGUGGGUGUGUCUGUUUAAAAUUCUGUUCCUUUGGGUUCUACCGGGGCCACUGUGCCAGGAUGGGGGAUGGAGGGCUCAGGGACGGUAGGUGUGUCACUCAGCGUCCCUUACAGGCACAGGGGCUUGCUGGGUUAUGUCCGUUGUGGCAGUGGCAGAGUAGUUCUUUGGGAGACCCAGGACAGCAUCUUGCUGGAGAAGGUGGCUUGCUGUAGACCCCGCCCAUUCCCACGCUCUCUUGAUUACACAGGAGUCAGCCCCUGGGAUACAUCGCAAGACCUGAUAUUGUGAUGGAAAGUACCGGAGCUUUUCAUUUGCAGGGGAGAAAUUGUCCUUCAACAAAACCAAGUGGACAAAACCCACAGGGGGCUGUGGCUAAGGGGCUGCUUUGUCACGUCACCUGCACCUUUCAGCCUUCCCAGGUUUUCCAAGAGCUUGUGGAUCCUCCAACCACUACCUCUACUGAGACACGGAGACUUGGCGUCAGAGGACAAAGCUGGUAACACCCUCUAUGCCAAAACCUGCGCUCGGCUUUAAGCACACGUUAAAUAGUGACAUUGCUUCUGUUCUUCAUGAAGCUCCGUAGCCUCAAACUCAACCACUCUGGUGUGAAGACUCCACACACAGUCCCUCAGCUUGCCACUCUGUGAGAGCACCAACGGCUCAUUUCAGUCACCGAGGCAGCUCCGGUUUUACCUGCAGAGUGUGUGCGGAGCCUUGGGAAAGCCUUUCUCAUUGGAAGCCUCCGGGAUGUCGUUACCUCCAAGACUCUGACGCCAUCAUCCCUCUGCUGUUUCCAGGGGAUGUGGGCCUCCUGCCUUUGCUCUCACAACACCUGGUGCUAACUGGUUUCUCAGGGCACCUGACUCUUUAUUGUAGUCUGUCACUGCGCUCUGGUUUGCUGGUUGGGGGUCACAGGAUCCCUUGCCAAUAUUUUGGUUUUCCGGGUGUGUUUCCUUCCUACCCUUUCUGCCCUACUUCAGCUAUGAUUAGAUGUCAUUUAGACCAUUUGUCCUUGAAUGGAGUCGGAAGGCCAGCGUUUUCGUGGAGAGCUGGUGUGGGGUACACUCAAGUUGGCUGUUUCUUGAAUGCUGAGUGCUGGACUCUGAGCUCGAUACUGGAGCUGCCUUGUCCGCGAAGCCUGACUCGAGCGGCCCCUAGGACAGGAACUGAUUUCAGCUUUGCCAUGCAACACUUCACGUUCGGAUCUCCGAGUCCCGGUAAAUGGCUGUUAAAGACUCGACCUCGUGGUUUUAAUGUGUUGAGAGUGAUAACAAAAACAAACAAACAAACAAACAAACAAAAAAACCCAAACAAGACAAGCCGAAGCCGAGUUCACUACUGGGUGUGCGGUCCAGAGUCUCCUCCCUCCCGGCAGAGUAUGCGGUCCAGAGUCUCCUCCCUCCCGGCAGAGUAUGCGGUCCAGAGUCUCCUCCCUCCCGGCAGAGUAGCCGUUGAAGAGUGAGGUCAUGGCCACCAUUACUAGCAUGGGUGUCAGACUGUUCCGUUCCCAAUCUGCCUGAGAUCUCAGGACACAAGAGUGUUUACCAAGCGAUCAUCUCUGUCCACGGUUUUACAGUUUUGAUCCAUUGUUGAUUCUUGGGGGAAGAGUUCCUCUCUCUAGUGCCGGGUGAUGCCAAAGCUUUCUGUCUGCAUCCAUUUGUAACGGGAUCCGUGUGGGGGAAGCAUGGUCCUCCUGGUGACAAGUGCCUAAGAUGUCAUAGUGGGGCAGCAGAGCUGUGUUGAGAGGGGCCGGAUGGUUGUCAAGCACGGGCUUCGUGAAAAUACUGCCACCCAUUCUGCCGGCUGGGCUUCUCAGGUGACUAAAACUUCCCCCACAAGUCGUUUCCUCCCGACCCCCAUCCCGAGCUAGCGCUGGGGUCUGAACCUUCCCUGACCCUACUUUCCUCAGGUCUAAUGACUUACUGACCAUCUCCUGAAUACCUGCAAGAACUCUUGCCCAGGUCUUUCUCUAGCUGAACUUGGAUUCCUCCUAACCAGGGCUUGACCCUGGGUGCUGCUGGUCCCAACGGCCAAUGACGCAUGUCUGUCCGCAUUGGAUUCUCACUGGAUUUUAUAGACAUUCUCCCUCAGACUUUAAAAUGUGGCCCUUGCUCCAAAGGGCUUGUGUCCUUUUCUACAUGUCAAGUCAGAUUGAAAACUAUUUUAUAGCCAUAAUAUGUAAUCCAAGUAAACAGAAUAUUUUCGGAUGUAUACUGGGUUUUAUAAUGUUGUGUAGGGUGUGCUGUGUGUGUAUGUAGCCUGCUGAGGUAGCAUCAAUCCUUGCUCUGGGGGAAUUUAUACAUCUUUUGCACUUUAUGCUUGUUUUUGGUGAUAACCACGGUUAAUAUUAAAGCCAACUGGCAUUUUCUGUA